CUUUAACAAUAAACAACCACCAAAAAACCAACCCCUCAUUACCUCAACCGCAACAAUGGCUGCCACCAACGAAUACUCCCUUCUCUGCUUGGAGAACCCCCUCCUUGACAUCCAAGCUACCGGAGACCAAGCUCUCCUUGACAAGUAUGGCCUGAAGGAGAACGAUGCUAUUCUCGCCGAGGAGAAGCAUCUCGGACUCUACGAGGACCUCCUCACCAACUUCGAUGCCAAGCUCAUCGCUGGCGGCGCAGCCCAGAACACUGCCCGUGGCGCACAAUACAUCCUCCCCGAGAAGUCGGUUGUCUACAUUGGCUGUGUCGGUAACGACAAGUACGCCGCUACUCUCCAAGAGGCCAACAGGCAGGCCGGUCUCCGUGUUGAGUACCGCGUCGAUGCUGAGCACCCAACCGGACGUUGCGGUGUCAUCAUCACCGGACACAACCGCAGCAUGUGCACCGACCUUGCUGCUGCCAACCACUACAAGAUUGACCACUUGAAGCAGCCCGAGAUCUGGAGCUUGGUUGAGAAGGCCAAGACCAUCUACGUCGGCGGUUACCACUUCACCGUUUGCCCCGAGGCCAUCCAGGCCGUCGCCGAGGAGUCCGCCAAGGACAACAAGACCUUCGUCGUCUCCCUCUCCGCCCCAUUCAUCUGCCAGUUCUUCAAGGAGCCCCUUGACAAGAGCGCCCCAUACUGGGAUGUUGUCAUCGGUAACGAGGGCGAGGCUUUGGCUUACGCCGAGAGCCACGGUCUCAAGACCACUGACAUUGCUGAGAUCGCCCAGCACUUGGCCGACUUGCCAAAGGAGAACACCAAGAGGGAGAGACUUGCUAUCAUCACCCAGGGUACCCUCCCAACUAUCGUCGCUACCCAGGGCAAGGGCACCAAGUCUUACCCAGUUCACGCCAUUGACCCCAAGGCUAUCUGCGACACCAACGGUGCCGGUGAUGCCUUCGCCGGUGGCUUCGUUGCUGGUCUUGUUCAGAACAAGUCUGUCGAGGAGAGCGUCGACAUGGGCCAGUGGUUGGCCCGCCUUGGUAUCCAAGAGCUUGGACCUUCAUACCCAUUCCCCAAGCAGACCUACACUCGUUCUGCCUAGAUUAGUCCAUUCAUUCCUUUCACAGUAAAUGCGGCGUUAAAGAAGGGCGGGCCAUGGAUUUCAACACCGGGGGGCGCCUUCGGCGUAGAGCGCAUAUGAUGAUGCCAUGAAUAGUUAUGAUCCUCCACGAUCAGGCAUAGCCAGGUACAGAAAAAGUCAGCUAUAUAGAAUAAGACAGAUGUCAAUCUGACUCUUGGAUUUCUAUGAACGCAUAUUGGCAGUGACUCGUUACCGAAG